CGCUUCCCGCGGGUGCGCGGAGUGAGGACGGUGACAGCCACGCGCGCACGUGCGCGCCCGGCUGCGGCGCGGCCCCGAGACCUCCGUCGGCCGCUGAGAGGCGCCCGGAGUCUGGGCCGCCGCUGUCUAGGGGCUGAUACACGGGCGUCCCCAGCGUCCUCGGCCCGAGUCCCGGAGCGCCGGGCCGUACCCGCCCCGUCGGUCCGCGCUCGCGUUCCCUGCCCGCGGCCGUCAGGGCCCGCCUCCCAAGUCCCCUCUCCGUUCCCGGGGCAGGGUCCUCGCGGUCCAUGCUGGCCGCUGGGGGCCCGCGCCACCCAGACAGCUCCCGGGCCGGCCGGCCGGCCACCAUGGUGGCUCUGAGGCCUGUGCGGCUCCUCCAGGGGGGCUAACAGGCCCAGAGCGCAGGCUUCGGGGCACGAGGGUCCCGGGCCUGAGCCCCGCGCCAUGGCCGGGGCCAUCGCUUCCCGCAUGAGCUUCAGCUCACUCAAGAGGAAGCAGCCCAAGACGUUCACCGUGCGGAUCGUUACCAUGGACGCCGAGAUGGAGUUCAAUUGCGAGAUGAAGUGGAAAGGGAAGGACCUAUUUGAUUUGGUGUGCCGGACCCUGGGGCUUCGGGAAACCUGGUUCUUUGGACUGCAGUACACAAUCAAGGACACCGUGGCCUGGCUCAAAAUGGACAAGAAGGUGCUGGAUCAUGAUGUUUCAAAGGAAGAGCCGGUCACCUUUCACUUCCUGGCCAAAUUUUAUCCUGAGAAUGCCGAGGAGGAGCUGGUUCAAGAGAUCACACAACAUUUAUUCUUCUUGCAGGUAAAGAAGCAGAUUCUAGAUGAGAAGAUCUACUGCCCUCCCGAGGCUUCUGUGCUCCUGGCUUCCUAUGCCGUCCAGGCCAAGUAUGGGGACUAUGACCCCUCUGUUCACAAGCGGGGAUUUUUGGCCCAAGAGGAAUUGCUUCCAAAAAGGGUAAUAAAUCUGUAUCAAAUGACUCCAGAAAUGUGGGAGGAGAGAAUUACAGCCUGGUACGCAGAGCACCGAGGCCGAGCCAGGGAUGAAGCUGAAAUGGAAUAUUUGAAGAUAGCUCAAGACCUGGAGAUGUACGGUGUGAACUACUUUGCAAUCCGGAAUAAAAAGGGCACAGAACUGCUGCUUGGAGUGGAUGCUCUGGGGCUUCACAUCUAUGACCCUGAGAACAGGCUGACCCCCAAGAUCUCCUUCCCGUGGAAUGAAAUCCGAAACAUCUCAUACAGUGACAAGGAGUUUACUAUUAAACCAUUGGAUAAGAAAAUUGAUGUCUUCAAAUUUAAUUCCUCAAAGCUUCGUGUUAAUAAGCUGAUUCUCCAGCUAUGUAUCGGGAACCAUGACCUUUUUAUGAGGAGAAGGAAGGCUGAUUCUUUGGAAGUUCAGCAGAUGAAAGCCCAGGCCAGGGAGGAGAAGGCUAGAAAGCAGAUGGAGCGGCAGCGCCUCGCUCGAGAGAAGCAGAUGAGGGAGGAGGCUGAACGCACAAGGGACGAGUUGGAGAGGAGGCUGCUGCAGAUGAAGGAAGAAGCAACAAUGGCCAACGAAGCACUGAUGCGGUCUGAGGAGACGGCUGACCUGUUGGCAGAAAAAGCCCAAAUCACUGAGGAGGAGGCAAAACUCCUGGCACAGAAGGCCGCAGAGGCCGAACAGGAAAUGCAGCGCAUCAAGGCCACAGCCAUUCGCACGGAGGAAGAGAAGCGCCUGAUGGAGCAGAAGGUGCUAGAGGCCGAGGUGCUGGCACUGAAGAUGGCCGAGGAGUCAGAGAGGAGGGCCAAGGAGGCAGAUCAGCUGAAGCAGGACCUGCAGGAAGCCCGCGAGGCCGAGCGAAGAGCCAAGCAAAAGCUCCUGGAAAUCACCACCAAGCCCACAUACCCGCCCAUGAACCCACUUCCAGCGCCGUUGCCUCCUGACAUACCAAGCUUCAACCUCAUUGGUGACAGCCUGUCUUUCGACUUCAAAGAUACUGACAUGAAGCGGCUUUCCAUGGAGAUAGAGAAAGAAAAAGUGGAGUAUAUGGAGAAGAGCAAGCACCUGCAGGAGCAGCUCAAUGAACUCAAGACUGAGAUCGAGGCCUUGAAACUCAAAGAGAGGGAGACGGCCUUGGAUAUUCUGCACAACGAGAACUCUGACCGGGGCGGCACCAGCAGCAAGCACAAUACCAUUAAAAAGCCUCAAGCCCAAGGCAGAAGACCUAUCUGCAUUUGAGCCCUCAAAGUAGGUUAUUCCCAGGUACUCUGUAUGUGGUGAUGGUACUGCCCUCUGUGAUACUAACCCAUGCAUGAGCUUGCCUGUCUCUGUCCCUGGGCCAUGCCAAGCCUUCCUGAGGGCAGGUGGCACCUGGGUACUGGCCGCAGCAUGCUUUGAGUCUGAGAGCAGGCGUCUACCGUGUGGGGCCAGACCAGCCUCCAGGGGUCUGGCAGGCUGCCUCAUUCUGAAGAGCAUGUACACGGGGCUGUAGGACUGGUCAUCCUUCACAUCUCAUGUCAUUGUUGGGCUGGGGAAGGUCAUGGCUUCUUGUCCAGUCAGGUUUGUCUAAAAGUCCUUUGUCUUGGUGGUAUACUCCUUAGGUGAAUAACCCUAGCAUGGAAACAGGGUAAAUUUGGGUGUUUUUAAGACUGAUGUCUUUAACUCAAGAUCAAUACCUUUCAUGUGGUGGUAGCCUCUGAAGACCCAUGGGCAUACCUGGCAGCUUCUAAGGGGCUGCCCGUGCUCGCUCAUUUUCCUUUACAGUCUCCCCCUUCUGUACACAUCCAUUUUCUUCUCAAGUAAAGCAAAUAAAUAGCACAGGGGUCCGAUUUGUAGUCAGUCUCAGUGGACCGUCUGUCUGUCAGCUUCAGCUGAUGUCUCUGCUUCAGCUCCUGCACAGCCUGGGGCAGAGCUGUGGUUGGAGUGAACUCACGUUGGGACGGUGCAGUCGCGGGCACCCAGGAGAUGGGCAGUCAGUGGUUGUUGAGUGAAUUAAUUGAAUGAUUGCUGUUUUCCUUCUGCAACAGCUCAUUAUUCUCCCAACAUGCCUAGGCAGUGGAGUCUAUUAUGCCCAAUAAUAACAUAACAUCCUGCCUCU